CUAUUCCUAUGCUUGCUUCCUGGGCCUGGAUAUAGACAUAAAUCAUUGAGCCUUCGAAUUUGUGACCUGUGGGUCUUUUGUCUGACUUCACUUACGCAAAACAAGUUGUUGAUGGGCUCACCAGCGGAGUAACAACGGAGACCCCAGUAUACGUCACACUUCCAAGAUGUCUCAAUCAUUGCGUCCAUAUCUUCAAUGCGUCCGAGCCUCUCUCACCUCCGCGCUUGCGGUUUCGAACUUCGCUUCCCAGACGUCCGAGAGACAUAAUGUACCAGAAAUCGAGGCCCAGAGCUCUCCUGAACUCCUUCUUAACCCGCUUACCGUCUCUCGCAAUGAAAAUGAGAAAGUCCUCAUCGAACCUAGUGUGAACAGUGUCCGUGUCAGCAUUCGGAUCAAACAAGCGGACGAAAUCGAACACAUUUUGGUCCACAAGUUCACCCGGUUUUUGACGCAGCGAGCCGAAUCUUUCUUCAUCUUACGCCGGAAGCCAGUAAAGGGUUACGAUAUCUCAUUUCUAAUAACGAACCGAAAUGUAGAGGAGAUGCUCAAGCACAAGUUAGUCGACUUCAUCAUCCAAUUUAUGGAGGAAGUCGAUAAAGAAAUUUCCGAAAUGAAGCUUUUCUUGAAUGCCCGUGCGCGAUUCGUCGCUGAGUCUUUCUUGACACCUGUAAGACCCCAUCUAAUGACCCCCCGGUACUCUGAAGACUAUCAAAUUAACCAAUAACCCAUAGUUUGACUGAAUUCUUACUCAUAAUGUUCAUUUGAUGGUUCGUGAGAUAUCCAUGACCUCCACUUUUUAUCCAAUAGCGAGUAUUGUACAGGCGAUCUGGGCUGGUGAUGGGGGCUACUCUGCUUCGCUCAAUGAUUCGUUCCCUUCCCUAGAUCUUGAAGUCAUUUGGAGUUUAAAUGUAUGGUGAGCUUUCUCACGACUUGCUCUUGACAGUAGAUUUCGGUAUACGCAAAGUACAACCAGACUAGUAACAAGCAUUUGAAACCACUAUGUUUUAUAUACCAUGGCUGCUUAGCUUCUUGAUAAAGUGUAAAAAAGGAUGCAUGAUAUAAUCAAUUGCGCCAAAGUGAUGCCUCGGUGUUCAGGGUGGUAUAAUUGAUCAUCUUUCACGAGACCAAGAUAAUACAGAGUGUUGUCCUGUAGCAGUGCACGAAAGGUUGAGUCAAUAUAGAUGCCAUAACUAAUGUGAGUGCAUAUUAUAGCUUUCUGGUAGCACCUCAAUGGGUAAAAACUGUAGGACUUGAAUAUAUCUACAUUAUUGGAUUUUUACUAGUAGC